CCAUCCUUCUCAUAUCAUCGAAUUGAAACAUCGUAUAUCCAUAUAUCAUGACCACCUGUUAUGACCAUCUAUCACUGCCACGUCGCACAGAAUCUAGCACUUGCCUUUCGUGACUACAAGUGCGAAAGAAUUCCUUAAUUUCCCUGCCCAGCCUUGUUGGCUGUAGCUGUCACCGUGCAGGGCGUAUCUACCCACAGCAUAUCUAUCUACUCAAGAUCAGUAGCAAACCCGUCCAUCAAGCAUGCGUCGCCGGCUCUCCUCCUCUUUGACCGGCUCCAUACAAGAUACUCACAAUACUUCUAAUACUUCUAAUACUUAUUAUGCAGCCAUCCCGGUUGGGUGUAUGUGCGGCUGAAUCACUUGCACUUCCCAUCCCACACCGGUGAGCCAGCCUUGUUGUAACCCUGCAACCGGUGAGAAUCAACCACAUCAAACUUCCCCAUCUACAACCAACACAAUCCAACUCAAACCUGCACUGCCCAACCCCACGGCAUUUGCGGCCAACAAUCCACUUUCCUUCUCACCAUGUCUUUAUAUCUCUCUCUCUGAAACACUUGAUUGCUCUGUACUCCACAACCUCGAUCACAAUCACAAUCAACCAACCCAUCACCGCCUCCACUUCUAUCGCCAGUCACUUUCUAUUCCCAGCCUUGCUUGUCCUUGUUUUGCUUACUAUCCCUUCCUUUCCAAUUACCCUCUAUUCCCCGGAUAUUGCCUACCCAGGUGCGACGCCACCAUCACUGCCCUAUCGUCCAGAGGCCGCGCACUGAGCCACUACAACUUCCUACCUGAACGGAGUACUCAUGUCUAGUGUCCCCUCUGGCUUCGUUGCAUGGUCCGACGUCUCAUCCCGGCAGCGUACAGAAAGUAAGAUGUCACUAGACCGAAACGGCCGUAUCCCAAUCCCAACUGGAGGUGACGUCUCAGCUAGAAUGGCCAACCGCAAGAGAAAACACGACGUCGUCGUCGUCGACCCCUCCAACCCCCCCACUUCCAAGCGUCCUAGAUCCAUCCACCCACAGCACUUCAACCUCGCCAGUCUCCCCACAGACGAGCGAGUUCGCCAAGCAGCUACCCUACUACGCAUGCCCGUGACCCGCCUGCGGUCAGUCAUCUCCGACCUCGAGGAGGAAGAGCCUGAGCAGGAGCCCGAGCAGUUUGUGCCGUACUAUGACUGGCCGCUUUCUCAUCAACCCUCCAGAAUGAAACGCGGAAUGGGCCGGGGGAGGAGCACCCCGAAGCCUCGGUCAACUGGCUCGGUGGGCGAGAAAGCUGUGGGUGGGGAGGUGAACAAUUACACGGGAGGACAAGGAGAGAAGACGGUGUCACAAUGGAAUGGGCAAAUGGAUGGCUCGUCGGAGUUUUCGGAACCUGCAAGCCAAGGCGGGAGAGAUAGUACGUUUUGUUUCCCGAAGGAGGUUUUGGUGGAGUUUUUCUCAAAUUGGUGCUCUGUGGACGACGAACCUUCACGGGGCAAUGGAUACGAAAAUCAAUCGAUGCUACCACCUGCUUCGGCUUCCGCACCACAGUUUGUGGGAUCUCAGUUUAUGGACACCUAUCCUGAGAACUAUGGAACCUCGAUGGCUGGCCUCCCCUAUGCCUAUGACAGCAGUGGAGGCCAUAAUAGCUUUGCUAUGGAAACGUCCUUUAGCUGUGAUACCCCUGAAUUCAGUGGUCCAUGGAUGCAGCCCCUCCAACAAUACCAAGUGCAGACCCAACCCCAUAAGCAAGAGAUGACAUAUCUCCAGCCUCCUAGCUAUAUGGAAUCCAACCUAUCCUUUGCGAAUAACAAUGGAUAUCUCGAAGCACCACCCCCAGACUCUGGCUUUGUCUCCGAUGCCAGCCUUCCGCAGCAGAAGUCAGAGACUAGACAAGGCUCAGACAGCGGUCGCAGUGUAGAAGACACAGAGUCCUCACUGGCUGGUGCACCAACGCGCCGAGGGCCAUUCAAGAGCCAGUUUGACCGAGUUCAGACCGCGCAGACUCGGAAAGAUGGGUGUUGCCUCCGCUGUCGACACCAAAAAAUACGUUGCAUCCCGGACCCUGAAGACCCGAAAGGCGUCUGCCUCACCUGCAAGAAUGUGAAGGCGGCCAACAUGAAGGUGCAGAAGCCGACGUGCAUCCGCCACAGGAUCACAGAUGUUCGCCUCUACAAGAUGGGGCAGGUCCCUGGGCUCGAGUGGAGCCAGCGGUGGUCGAAUCGGACGCUGAAGGAAAUGGGUACGUGGGCGAGCGGAGAGACGAUAACUAUCCAGGUUAGCGAGGGGUAUACGUCCACGCCACUGAAACUGGUGGUUUCCGAGUUUAGGCCUGUGAAGGGAGAUGUGCUAGAACGCAGUUGGGUGAGCAGUGCGGGCGUGAAGAAGAAGGUUGCGAUCCCUUCGUAUGCUAUCAAGGACCUGGCGGCGGCACGAGACGCUUAUAAGAACUACAUAAAUCAAGGUGGACCAGAGUUCUUCCAAGGGGCUCUAGACCCUAAGGACAGGUUCCUUUGGAUGACCUAUAAUAUGGCCAUUACUACCUCUAACGAUCCGGAUAUUCCAACGGUCCAACGCAAACUCCUCAGGAUGGUUCUCCAACUCUGGGUUGCCAUCCGCCUGAAUACAAAGUCGACCAACAUAGUCGGUCCCGAGACUCUCGGCAUGGCCCCAGACAUUUUCGAUGCCACGCACCCGACGCCGGGCCGCAUCCCCAUUCCGCCCGUGAUGGGUAACCAGAUCGAGCUGAUCCUAUCCCGGGACAUCCAAGACCCGCUACGGAACGACAUUCUCGAUGCGCUGCAAAGGCUGAUAUAUUCCAACAAACCUGGGUGCUGGUUCACAAUCUACUUGUGCACCUUCAUAUUGCUGCAUAACUGCUCUAUGAUCACCAAGCAUGACUCGGCAUACGCUAGGAAGCAUGGGUUACAGGCCCGAUUUGCGCGACCGGCAAUGGUGGCAGAAUACCACGCCGGCGCCAUGGCGCUACUUGCACAUUUCCACCUUUGUAAUAAGGGCUCGUACCCGUUCAGCGCGGCUGCGGGCGAGAGGGUAGAUAUUCUGACUAACGCGGGGUUAACGGAGAAACAGAGCAAGUUUAUUGAAUCGACAAGGAAAUUUGUUAAUGGUAAUGCGGUCCGUUUUGAGGAGUUCCGUUGGGCAGAAGCAUUCGAUAAUGACUACUACUUCAUAUCCCAGCUGUACGAGCAGGACUGGAAACCUCGUAUCAAGAUCUGAGUUUCUGCGGCUGAGGCGGCUGAGGAGGCUCAACUACAGCACACCACACACUUUUUAUAAGAGUCAUGGGGUCUGACAUGCAGUCACUGAUGAAAUAUGAAAUACCCGGAAUGCUAUACAUUGCAGUGCAUUUGCAUUGCAUGAUAUCCACAUGCAGUUCGCCGAGCUGGGACGAGCAAACAAAUACGUUUUUCUACUUCAUUUACUGUUUUUGUGCUUUAAAAACAUGUAUAAUAGGCAAACAAACCCAAUCAGCAGGGUUCUGGGAAAAUACAAUACCCAGGGGACGGACGGAGGAAGGGGCGAUCAUGCGCCAUGGAGAAAUGGAGUCCGGAG